CUUCCGAAUGUACGUAAUUUCGCGGAACGUGGUUGCCACCGGGGAAUAAAAAGUUUUUAGUGCUUUAUUCGCCGAUAAACCGAAAGGUGUUCGAUGAUAACGGGUUUUAAGGACGCAUAUUGACUGGUCACGACAACAGCUAAAGAGUAAUUCUGGAGGCGAAUAUGGAGCAAGAAUCUAGAAGGAAAGGCCCACGGAGUCCGAGCGUUGAUUCAGAAGACUCUUCGCACAGAAGAAGAUCAAGAAAAUACGAUAGGUCUCCGUCUCCUAGGAGAUCUAGAUAUCGGCGAUCGCGAUCAAGGGAACGAAGAUCUAGAUCAGCAUCGAGAGAGCGGAGAAGAAAGGAAUCGAGUAGGCAACAAGAAUGGAAGCAGGCAACCCCGGCACAAGGACAAGCCUCGGCGAACAACACCGCUCCAUCGGCAGGAUAUGUGACUUCGGUUCAUAAUCAAUAUCCGAGCGGACCUCCAAAUACAAGCCAACCUCCACCACCAUUGCCUGCAUACAACCAAGGCUAUAAUAACUACAGCUACAACUACAAUCAAGGUUACGAUUAUGGUUACCAACAGCCUUCAGGAUAUCGCAGUGAUUAUUCUACUCAGAACUGGCAAGGGAAUCAAGUGCCAUAUGCAAGUCAGCAGCCACCGCCACCGCCUAAUCUAUCGACACAGCAGGAUACGUCAAGAACAGUCGAGCCCAGUCCAGCAGUUAUGGCACCACCUGUACCUCGACCCGAGGAUGCCAAAAAAGAAGCAAUCGCAGCUGAAGUCAAGCAACAGAAAGCGACAUUGGCUAGACAACGGGAGGAGUACGUCAGGAAAUCAACAACGUUGCAGCGCGAAUUAGAAAUCUUACGGCAGCAAUGUGAUGAAAUAGGCAAGGAGGGCGGUCGAGAAAAUAACCGCAUCGUAAAGGAGAAUCAAAAGCUUCAGAUUGAAAUCCAAAAUAAGAUGAAGUCAAUACACAAUGUGAUCGAUAUGCUCACGGGUAUUAUUGGAGACAAAGCCACCGUCGAAGACCUUAAGAGCAAGUAUAAAUUAGAAGCUAGUAAGCAUUCGAGAAGUCCUAAAGAAGACUUUCCCGAAGGGAAGUCUGUGUCUCCUGACAGAUUGUCAGUUCCGGAGUCGGACAAGGAUGGCAAAGCGGACAAGAGGUCUCCGGAGGACAAGCCGAUGUAUAAUUUUGUCCACUAUGAUCCUGAAAUGCAUUGGUGUAAAGUCUGCGAUAUCUUUCCUAAAACGGCUAAGGAAUACUUAAAUCACCUUCAUAGCAAUGAGCACAAAGAAACUUGCUUGGAGCGCAAGAUCGUCGACAUGCCAUGGCACGAGCGGAACGGAGAGGGAACCGAGAAGGAAAUGCCGUAUUAUCCUGGGCUGCCAACGAAAAGAACUCCAAUUAAAGGGCUGCAAUUCUUCAGCGCGGCUACAGCCUGGUACUGCAAGCUCUGCGACUCCUGGAUCGGCGACCUGCAUUGCGCCAGCCUGCACCUGAAGUCCAAACGGCACUCCGAGAAUUUCUCCCGAUUCGUGGAGCAGAACCCCCACUGGGAAACUGACUGGAUGGCCGACCGGGAGAAGGCAUUCUCCGAGGAGAAGCACAAGCAGAUGCAGCUAGAGCUACAGAAGCAGAAGGAGGACGAGCCCCCGCCUACGAAGUCGAAGAAGUCUAAGAAGAACAAGAAGAACAAGAAGAAGGCGAAAAAACGGCGGAAUCGGAGCAGCGCCAGCGACUCCUCGAGCGAGUCGGAGAACACGGAGUCCGACUCGGACCAGGACAUGUCCAGGAGCAUCAGGGUAGCUAUGAGAAAUAAAAUGAAGGCGUCUACCCAAGCGAUCCUGAACGAGGAGAUAGACUAUCACGGAAUCAAAUUAAAGGGGCACUGGACGCAAGGCCAACCGAAACAGGCCAGCGAGCUUCCCUCUCAGGAGGUGGACGACCGGCAGCUUCUCAACUCCAUCAGGGACAAGCUGAAGGCGAAGCAGGAGGAGGAGAUGAAGGUGGGGAACCGCAGGCAGAGCCAGGACAAGCCCGUGGAACAGGAGGAGGAAGAGGAGGAGGAGGAGGAGCGAAGACAGAACUCGUACGCGAAGGGGCAGGAGGACCUGGAGGCGUGGGGUCCAAAGGAGCCCCCGAAGUCCUUCUGGAUAAAGAAGGAAGAGGAAAAGCCGGCGACCAGCCAGCAGAUGGCCACCAAACCCAUCGAGAUCCCGAAGCCCGAGGAGAUGCCCAAACCACACAUGGGCUUCUGGACGAAGCAGCAGGUCAACAUGUCGGUGAAGCCCCCGGAGAGCAAGGUCCCGAGCGAGAAGGAGGACGACAGGGAACGGGACCGGGACAGGGACAGGGAGAGGUACAAGGAGGAGCGGGAGCGCAAGUACGACCGCCGGGAGGAGAAGUACGAGAGGUACGAGAGGAGCGGCCGAUACGAGAAGAGGCGCGGCAGAGACAGGGACAGGGACAGGGACCGAGACAGGGACAGGGAUCACGACCGGGACCGGGAACGGGAUUACUACGAGGACAGGCCCAGAAAGAGAGAAAGCGGCGACUCGCCGAGAAGGAGCGACCGGGGAUGGAGAGAGAGUCCCAAGCGGGGCUACGAUCGCUACGGCAAGGACCGGAGGGAGGAGAACAACUCCUCGAACGAUGAAUCUAAGUUCGAGAAGAAGACCAACGAGUCGGCCUCGAAGUCGAAGAAGGGCGGCCCACCAGCCAAGAAGACUCCCCCGCAGACCGCGAAGGGCAAGCUGCCGUUCAUCGGCAGGUUACCGCUCUUCAAGAAGAAGACCGAAGAGCCGAAGACCGAGAAGGACAUCGCGCCUCUCCCUUACUCGCAGAGCAAGUUCGAGGACACUCCCAAGGUGCCCAGCGAGAUCAUCAAUCCCCCCGGGGUGGUGCACAUCACGAAGCUGGCUACCCCUCUCCCCUUGAACAACGCGACCCAGGUGAGCAAGGUGCAGCAGCAGAUGAAGAUCCUCGUGGCCCCUCCACCGCCGGUUUUGCACGAGACCAAGGCGCCCGUGCCUACUCCCCAGGUCGUUGAUAUGGAGAUAGAGGACCAGUCGGAGGACGUGAUCAUCGAGGAGCCCAUCGUGGAGCAGCAGAAGCAACCUCAGCCCGUGCCCAAGUUACCGCCCAUGAACCGACCACCGCCCACGUACACGCCAAGUGCUCAACCUCCGGCUAUGGCUCCCAGGACGCCUCAGUUCACGCCGAAUAGGCCUCCACCGAUUCCUAUUCCCAUCAGGACUCCGGCACCUGCGUUCCCGGCGCCUGUUCUUAACAGAUAUCCACCUUGUCCGGUGUCGUUUGUACCCAACCAUCCUCCACCGAUGCCUCCGGUGGUGCCAGUGGACACUCCGGUGCACGACGUUUCCGAGAUCCCGGAGCCUACGGAGAAGAAGCCCGACCCUAGUAUCCCUCUGCCAGAUGAUCUUCAGGAGGCUCUGAAUAUCAUCUUCCCCAAGGAAGAGACCGAGACCAAGCAGCAAAGUCACCAGGAGAACGGUGGAGUGGUUUAUGCUUCUAUGUACAGUAUGUUGGGAUGUGUCGGAUAUGGACCGGAAUACAUGGAUCAGCCUCCUCCGGAGAUCACCCAAGCUGAGGCCGAAGUCGACACACAACCUGGACCCGAUGACCUCAGGAUGCUUGGCAUCGACGAGGGAGACACUAUCCUGUAAGGGGAUACCUUUUAUUCUUAUGUUUUCGUCUGCCUCUCUGAGUGCCACGAAGGGAGAAACCCGAUGUGAUGAGCCACCUUGGCCACGAAUUCCAGGAUGUGGACCGAUUCCUGCAAGAGUUAUUAGAAUCUAUUCUGACGCAUUCGGUAAAGUUGGAAAAAGUAUUAUUCCUUAGUGCAAGGAAGGUUUCUUGCUCCCAAGAGAACUUUAACGGUUUGCUAGUGAUCGAUGAAAGGCUCUGAAUGUCGGCAGGAUUAGUGGAAGCUGCUGUUUGGAAUAUUUUGUAUCGCUCUUUCGACGUGCCAUGACGGAUAGGAUUUCAGUAUUUGGUCAGCCUUGGAUACGGACUCGAGUGUACCGAUAAGUUUCUCGUGGAGGCAUAGAUGUUGCAAGAUAUAUGUGUCAGAGCACGAAUACUGGUUCGUGUGACCAAGUGGUAUUUACAAGUUGUGCAGGAAAUGUGUUGAAGUGCUUAAUAUCGGCAAGAAUAACACCGUCUUAUAAAGAGGACACUGUAUCCGUUAUAUUUCUUAUAUCAUCGAUGUGCCACAAAAUAGGGAGCUUCGAUUGGAUGACAACGUGCAACGUUACAUUCCACACACAAUAUGCUACAAAACGUGGUCUCCAACUUGGCUGUUCUUUGGAUUGAAAGUGCGUUGUUUUACGAGGUGGUUUUAACGUUAGCAUCGAGAAUUUCGCCCAAAUUGUAGUUAUCCCAUUUUUCUCAAGUAGUUCAGAGUUUUGGUGUAUAGUUCUAACGGAAGUCGUCCUCCGAGUCUCCCGGGGUAAAUGCCUCUUUUUGAUCAGCAAAUAUUGACACCGGUCUUACUUGCUUUUUCAUUAAUUCCGUUCAUUCCGUAUUCAUGGCUAUACCAUAUAAUGUCCUGUUCUUGGUACUUUUAAACAGUGAAUUUCCCAGAUGAAUAAUAAAAGAUAUAACUCGUGGAAAGUGUGAA